GUGAGAGAUGGGCGGGGCCUAGCAGGCCAAGAAGGUGUAGUGGCUCUGGGCAGCAUGUCGUCUGCUUCAAGGAAUCCUGGAGGGUUCACUUGGCCUUCUGUCAAAGGAGAGCAAACCGUCUCCUUGAAUGAUGACAUGAGCCGUGCUGUUUUUACCUCAUCCUGGAUUACAGGAACAUGUUGACAACGGACUAAAGGGGUUGAUGCUAGGCGAAGGAUCUCCUCGUUGGCAGAUUAUUCAUAGACUGAUGUAAUCGACCAUGGCAACAACCACAGCUGGACAGCCGCUGUGGUUGGAUCAGUCUGUAUUUUGAGUGGAACAUAUCUACGAUACACUGGAAGACUUUUGAAUAGAUUUAUGUCAUCUCAAAACACCAUUCACAUAUCCUUGACACAUGACGAAUGUAAACACACAGUCUGGAUAGGAGAGGAUGAUCGACAGUCAUCCAAUGACCAGAAGUUCAGUAAAAGCUCGGGAAGGCAACUUUGGAGAUACCAGAAAGAGAAAGCUAGAUGACAAGAAUGCAUCUAAAUGGCCUGCUCUCCGUCAUCCAGAAGCUCAAGGGCUCCACCGAGACGGAGCUCAGGAUAGUUCUGCUGGGACUCGACAACGCAGGGAAGACCACUUUACUGAAGAGCCUGGCCUCCGAGGACGUCAACACCAUCACCCCUACACAGGGCUUCAACAUUAAGAGCGUGGCCUCGCAUGGCAUGAAGCUGAACGUGUGGGACAUCGGAGGACAGAGGAAGAUCAGACCCUUCUGGAAGAAGUACCUGGACAACACCGACCUGCUGAUCUACGUGAUAGACAGUGCAGAUAAGAAGCGUUUCGAGGAGACAGGGCUGGAGCUCUCUGAGUUGACGGAGGAAGAGAACCUCAAAGGGGUCCCAGUGCUGGUCUUUGCCAAUAAGCAGGACCUGGCCACCGCCUCCCCGGCCAGUGAGAUCGCCGAGGGGCUCAACCUGCACACGUACCGCGACCGCGAGUGGCAGAUCCAGGCGUGCUCCGCCGUGUCCGGGGAGGGCGUUCAGGAUGGCAUGAACUGGAUUUGCAACAACAUUGUGAAUCAGAAGAAGAAGUGACCCUUCACCC